AUGUCCUCCUUGCUUCCCCGUGUGCCAAAGAAGGCAGCCUUGACAGCUCUGCGCGGCCUGAUAGUCGGGACCUCGUGCACGCUCCUGCUCGUCACCGAGGACCGCCGCCGCCGCAUCAAUCAAGCCCGCAGUGCGAUAGAAAACGCAGAAAAGCUCUGCCUGGUCAAGCAGUACCAUGCGACAAGGUCUGCACUGCAUCAGGAGCUCGACCAACCCUCCGCCCUGGAGAAUCUAGAGCAUGAACUCUCUUCUGCUGCCUAUAGAGAGCCACGCCGGCGGGUUCACAAGAGCCGGGGACCUCGACAGGACGACGUCGCCAACGACGGCUGGGACGAACCAGUCCCGACAAGCAAUUGGGGCGACCAGAGCCAGCAACCGGGGGCCCAAGCUGGACGGCCUCGUCGCUUCUUCAGGCCCAAAUCAGGCCCAGCGUUUCAGACUAGGGACCAGACAGCUGCAUUGUCGCUGCUUCCCGUUCAUCCAAAAGUUACAGCUGGAGCCACCGCCUAUCCCAAGCUCGGUGUCGACGAGAAUGUCAGGCGGAUGAGGGAAGCAGUCAUCCUAGGGGAUGCUCAGAGCAUUGAGGAUGCUGUGGGUAUACUUCAGAAGACCGUACAGAGAGCCGGCCUCACAGACCUCGACAAGGCCAUGCUCGUCGAUGCAGCUGUACUUCUUUGCCAGAAAUGCCAAGAACAGGGCAUGCUGGAUCAAUCCGAGGAAAUCCUCUUGUGUGCCGUUGGGCUUGGGCCGAUUACCGUGGACCAGUACUAUGCUUUCAACCCACAGUCUCUGAUCGAAUCGGCCGUGGCUGCUACAGAGUCGAUAUUAAACACAAUGGGGACCGCCGACACUGGGAACGAGGUUCGCACUGUCGCCAAGCAGAAGCUUAUGAGAGCUUUGUCCUUAUUCAUGCCACGCUUCAAAGACAAGGCUUCAGCCAGCCCUCGCUCGAGCCAAUGGCAGGAAAGUGCUGAGAGGAUGAUGCAGCAGGCUUUCGACCUUGACAUGACCGAGCAGGCUGCAGAUGUUUUCUGGCGCAUCCAGUUCUACGGCGGUGAUUCGGAUGCAGCGGUGACACGGCGAUUCAUGACCGGUCUUUUCAACAGAAACGACUUCAACCGUGUCGUCAACACUUUCAGCUUAACGCGCCACAAGCUGCCUACAAGUCGUCGCAAGUCGUGGUACGGUAUUGGUGAUCUUGUGGCCGACGCCGUGGAAGCUGCCCAGAAACAGGAUCCGGCAAAGGUGCUGGUGCAAUUAUUGGAUCAGUGCCCAAAGGAAUGCCACGUGCGGACAACAUGGGCCACCAAACUCCUGUAUUGUCAUUGGCAGCGAGGCCAGGACUUCGAAGCAACAAGGGCGCUGUUUGACGAAUUCGAAAAUAUACACAACGGCAGACUGGGGUUCAGAUUGGUCGCUUUUCCGGAUGGUGUGCAUCGCGUCAUGCUUCAAAUCGCAGUGGAGGCAGGAAGAUGGCAGGCCGUGGAUGAACUCCUAGCAAGGUUACAACAGAUCAAACCGUCCUCGUGCAAGGAUGCUCGCAUUUUGGGCCUCCUUGCAUUGGCAAAAGCCAAGGUCGGCGACUGGGACGGGGUCUGGGCGGAUUUCAAAAACAUGGAAGUGAAGGACCGCAUCGACGACGUUUUUGUCCCUAUUCUGAAGGAGUUCACCAAGACGCACACAAUUGCCGAGAUCGAAGAGUUCAUGAAAGUCUACAUAACCGACCUGAAGGUGCCAGUCUGCCGGUAUAUGGUUAAUGUGGUCGCCAACCAAUAUGGCGCGAUUCGCAAUGUUGAACUAUUCGUCAACUGGCUUGACUACUGCAGCCACGCUGGGUUCGAGGUCGAUGCCGCCUUCAGCAAUGCAAUCCUAGUCAAUUGCAAGCGCAGAUGGGAUUUCAGCUUCGAGGAGCUGAGGAUUGUCUUUUCCAAACUGAAGCUGCUCAGCCGAAAAUUUGUGGACAAUUGGACUGAGAACACUAUGCGCUUUGCAGCAAUGAAAGUACGUCACAGCAGAUCAGCGUUUCACAGGAACGUCACCCUGCUCGGCAUCAAAAGCAGAAGUGUCUCCUCCGUGUCGAAUAUCACAACCCCAGAAGAUGUACGGCUUGAGAUGCGGGAGGCUAUGACCCUGCGUCAUUACAGGACAGCCUAUGGCAUCUACAAAUCAGGUCUUGCUCGAGGUAUCGCGCUCAGAGAUGACCAUGUACGGCUAGCAGUCCAAGCUCAGCUCAAGGUUGACCAAGGCAACCCACAGACAGCCUUCGACACCAUCAACGCAGCGAAAUUAAGAGGUAUAGAUGUCAGCUCAUCGAUUUCCUUGGUAUUUUCCUGUCUGCUGCGCCAAAUACCGCAUGGCCGCGAGGUGGACAAGAACAAUUUCUUGCGCCAAGUCGAGGACCUGAUCGGGCGAUUCGAGUCGAACGGACUCAGCCUCCCGCCGGCAGCUUUCACGCGCGCCGCGCAUGCCUGCAUGGGGGUGCGUCACUUCCGGGGCGCAGUAUCGCUUGCCAUGUCGGCUCUAGAGCGCAAAGGCGUGUCGCAUCCAUUGGACAGCACAACCUUCUCGCUGUUCCUGCUUGCGUUUACACACACAGUUGAUCUCAAGGGCAUGAAGUGGGCCGUCGCAGGGGCCUGCCAGGAACCCUAUUUCCGCAAGAAGGCCGUGCUCAGGUCUCUGAAGGACGCACGCGGCGUGUUGGCCAAGUCCAUCCAGACGAAUGAUGUUCGCAAGGCGGUUGGCGUGCUCGACAAGGCCCUGGACAUGAUUUUGUGCGUGCGAGAGGCGGUUGCGAAAGAGCGCAAGGACCUAGAAAAAGACACGAUGGAGAUCAUGAGAGAAGCAGCGCUAGAAGCCGAGCAGCGAGCCCAGAACGGCCAAGGUCCAGGAGGAGGCAGUGCCGCCGUCGACGAGGACCCGGAGUGGGUUAGACAGCGGGCUGAGCUCCUGCGGGAAUUCGACGAACAGCAGCGUCGAGAGGAGCUGGCUGAGAGGCAGCAGCUCGCUGCGAAGCAGGCCGAGAUGAGGGACAGGGCCCUGGCUUCCGAGAUGUUCGAGUUCGAGCAGGCCGAACAGGCUGACGAGAUGGAAAGAAUGAUGGCGGAAAGCAAAUAUGAUAUCGGCGGGGGAUUCUGA